ACAGCAAUCUCACCCCAAUCUCUCUCUCUCCCCUUCCGUCCCUCCGCCCGCAGAACGCCAGAGGGCCCUGGACGUGAUGCCGCCGCACCUAGAGAGCGUUUUCCCGAAGAACGAGGAUUCCCACGCCACGGGGGGAGCGAGGAUCGAGGUCACGCCCUCCAGGAACCAGCUGACCACCUCGACGACCAUUGCCACCACCACUCUGCCACCACGGCGUUGUCAGGGCCUGGAUAUUAGCAUCUGUUCCAUUCUGCACCACAACGUGACAUCCUACCCGAAUCUCCUUGGCCACGUGGACAGUGGGGCUGUUGAGAAGGAUAUUAUAGCCAUCAGAGAGGUCAUCGACGCCGAGUGCCACCCCCUCGCCCACGAGUUCCUGUGCGAGCUCCUCCAGCCGGACUGCCGACGGGCCCAGGUCAUGUCCCCGAGCGGCGUGUUCGAGGACCAGCUCCUGAAGCCCUGCCGCGACUUCUGCGAGGACGUCCUGAGCACCUGCGGCCGUCGCCUGCCCCCCCACCUGCGGCUGGCCAUCGACUGCGCCAGUUUCCCGUCGCUGGUCAACGGCGAUGAGUGCACCGCCAAGCCAGGCUGCGCUCGAGAACUGAGGGUGAAAGGCUGGCCGGAGCGAGUGUGCGACGGCGUGGUCGACUGCGCCGACAUUUCGGACGAAGACAAGUGCUCGGGUUGCUCGUCGGAGAGUUUCAGGUAAGAGAGGGG